AUGAAGACAGAGAUUGAGGAGGAAGGCAUCAGAGGGUCCUGGACUGAGGAGGACAAAUCCCUUUGUGCUUCUGUGCUGGGCUUAGAUGCCUUCACAUAUCUGACAAAAGGUGGAGGUGCCAUAUCUGAAAAUCUCGUAGCAGCGUCUGGGUUGGUGGGCUUGCAAAAUAAACUCCAGGACCUGGUUGAAGCUGAUGGUAAAAGCCUUUGUUGGAACUACGCCAUCUUCUGGCAACUCUCCCACACCAAAUCUGGUGAACUUGUCCUUGGUUGGGGUGACGGAUCUUGCCGUGAACCCCAUGAUAAUGAGAUGAACUCGACUACUCGUGGUGAUAUUCAUGAUGCAUCUUCACUGAGCCAACAAAGGAUGCGUAAGCGAGUGUUAGAGCGACUGCAUACAGCAUUUGCUGGGGCUGAGGAGGAGGAUGAUGCUCUCAGAAUUGACCAGGUGACUGACACUGAGUUAUUCUUCCUAGCAUCCAUGUAUUUUGCAUUUCCACGUCAUGUAGGUGGCCCUGGGCAAGUGUUUGCAACAGGUGCACCCCUUUGGAUUCCUAACAAUCCGCACAAGGUUUCCCCCUCAAAUUAUUGCUAUCGUGGAUUCCUUGCAAGUGCAGCAGGAUUUAGGACUAUUGUUCUACUGCCAUUUGAAGCUGGUGUACUUGAGUUAGGCUCAAUGCAGAAUGUGCUUGAGAGUGCUGAAGCUCUGGAAACCAUAAGGUCUGUGUUUCUAGGGGCAAGCAGUAAGAAGGCAGCAUCUGGGAAGCAUGAUGAGAAUGGUUCUGCUCAAAUAUCACCCUGUUUGGCUAAGAUUUUUGGGAAGGAUUUGAAUCUGAGCCGACCUUUAGUCAACACGGGAGCACUUCCAUUAAAAAUGAACGAAAGGUCAUGGGAUAUGCAGAAGAAUUGUGGUGGUGAGAGCCUGUUGCUCCCCAAUGUCCGGAAAGGUUUGCAGAACUUCACAUGGAGUCAGGCUCGAGGCCUGAAUUCUCAUCACCAGAAAUUUGGCAAUGGUAUUCUAGUUGUGAAAAGUGAGACUUCACAACGUAGCAAUGGAGCUGCGCAUAGCCCUGGAUUGAGCCCAUUUCAGCUCCAGAAUUCACAGCAGAUACUGACACAACCACCACCUCAGUCACAGACACCGAGGCAUAUAGAUUUUAGCGUAGGGUCUAGUUCAAAAUCUGGUGUUUUGACUUCACAAGCAGCUCUGUUGGGUGGGGAAAAUGGCAGUGUCGAUGGUUUGUGUAAGGAGCAAGUGGCCCCUACAAUGGAGGGCCAGCAACCAAGAAAGAGGGGAAGAAAACCAGCAAACGGGAGGGUAGAGGCACUUAACCAUGUUGAGGCUGAGCGCCAAAGGAGGGAAAAACUCAACCAGAGGUUCUAUGCACUGAGAGCUGUUGUUCCCAAUAUCUCAAAAAUGGACAAAGCAUCGCUCCUGGGAGAUGCCAUAACGCACAUCACUGAUCUCCAGAAGAAGCUCAAAGAGAUGGAGUCGGAAAGAGACAUGUUCUUGGAGUCUGGUAUGGUAGACCGCAGGGUCCAAACACCUAGGCCAGAAGUAGAUAUCCAGGUGGUGCAAGAUGAGGUUCUUGUUCGUGUAAUGUCACCUAUGGACAACUAUCCGAUAAAUAAUGUGUUCCAAGCUUUUGAAGAGGCAGAAGUCAAAGUUGGUGAAUCAAAGAUCGCAUCCAACAAUGGGAAAGUUAUGCAUUCCUUUGUUAUCAAGUCCCCUGGCUCUGAACAGCAAACAAGAGAGAAAUUGAUUGCUGCUAUGUCUCGUGCAAUGAACUCCAUGUAG